ACACAAAACUCAACUCUUUUCGGAACCAAACAAUGUAGUAACAUAAACAAACACAGAGUUGCAAAGUAGAAAAAAGCUCCCUAGACAGAGAGACCCAUUUCCAAAUGGAUCUGGAUUAUCUUCUUGUAAUUCCCUCUUGGAAAUCUGUUGGUAUACUUGUAACAUUCCUUACUUACCUCGCUAUUGCUGGAUCUGUACUCCCUGCCAAACUGGUUCCCGGUGUCACUUUACAAGACGGCUCUCGUCUCCAUUAUCGUUGCAAUGGGCUGUUCUCAAUGCUGUUGCUGGUUCUGCUUCUUGGUGUUGGAGCUAAGAUGGAACUUUUAUCACUUACUGUGAUAUCAGAAAGAGGACUCGAGCUCCUAUCGGCAACAUUCAUUUUCAGUUUUCUAGUGACGUUAGCACUCUAUGCUGCUGGUUGCAAGUCUCGAAAUCAGAGUUCUUCCCUUAAGCCUUGUGUUACAGGAAACCUAAUACAUGACUGGUGGUUUGGAGUACAGCUCAAUCCUUCUUUUUUGGGCAUUGACCUCAAAUUCUUCUUUGUUAGAUCUGGAAUGAUGGGAUGGUUAUUUAUCAAUCUAUCAGUUCUAGCAAAAACUAUUCAGGGCGCCACCUUGAGCCAUUCGAUGAUCCUUUACCAAAUUUUCUGUCUGAUAUACAUCCUGGACUACUUCUUUUAUGAGGAGUACAUGACCUCCACAUGGGACAUAAUUGCUGAGAGAUUAGGCUUCAUGUUGGUGUUUGGAGACCUGGUCUGGAUUCCUUUUACUUUCAGCAUCCAGGGCUGGUGGCUUUUGGGUAACAAAGUGGAGUUGACAACUGCUGCUGUUAUAGCAAAUUGCUUUGUUUUCCUGAUUGGAUAUCUGGUAUUUAGAGGAGCUAACAAGCAAAAGCAUGUCUUCAAGAAGAAUCCCAAAGCACUUAUAUGGGGUAAGCCGCCAAAGGUUGUUGGGGGGAAGCUGCUUGCUUCUGGUUAUUGGGGGGUCGCAAGGCAUUGUAAUUACCUGGGUGACCUGUUGUUGGCACUAUCCUUUAGUCUGCCUUGUGGAACAAGUUCUCCAGUCCCAUACUUCUACCCGAUUUAUCUUCUUAUCCUUCUAAUAUGGAGAGAAAGGAGAGACGAGGCUCGCUGUGCAGAGAAGUACAAAGAAGUAUGGGUGGAAUACCGUAGACUUGUUCCAUGGAGAAUACUGCCAUACGUUUACUGAGACAAAGCUUCUGCCGUAGUGCUGGAGAACUCAAGUGUACGAGCAUCCCAGUGGUUGGUGUUUGUAUGUCAUGUGUUCUUUGUAGGAUUUAUAACCAGCAAUUUGGCGACCAUUUUGCCUUUUCAGCUUGAAACGAUCAACACAAUUUUGUGUUUGUUCUGAAGAUGAAGGGAGAAACUUUUCCAUGAUUUGAUUUA